AGCCGGCGGGAUGUGCGGGCGCACCGCCUGCUCCCUGGCCGCCGACAACCUCCGCAGGGCCUGCGCCUACCGCGAUCGCCGGGGCCAGCACCGGCAGCCCGAGUGGGUGCGGCGGGAGCGGUACCAGCCCUCCUACAACAAGGGCCCGCAGUCCAGCGGCCCCGUGCUGCUCUCUCGCCGCCACCUCCACCAGGAUGCUGACUCCUCUGAGCGGGUCCUCAUGGACAUGCGCUGGGGCCUGGUGCCCUCCUGGUUCAAAACAACUUUUGGAAUUAACUCCUCCAAACUGCAGUUCAACACCUCCAAUUGUCGCAGUUAUACCAUGCUGAGCAAGUCCUCUUACAAGGAUGCUCUCCUGAAGGGCAAGCGCUGCGUGGUUCUGGCAGAUGGCUUCUAUGAGUGGCAGCAGCAGAGUGGGGGGAAGCAACCGUAUUUCAUCUACUUCCCCCAGACCAAGGAUGCCAUGGACAAGGAGAUGGAGGGAGACAAAGAAUGGAAAGGAUGGAGACUGCUCACUAUGGCUGGGAUUUUUGACUGCUGGAAGCCACCAGGGGAAGGAGAAAUGCUGUACACUUACACCAUCAUCACUGUGGAUGCCUCCAAGGACGUGAGCUUCAUCCAUCACAGGAUGCCAGCCAUCCUGGAUGGGGACGAAGCCAUCAGUAAAUGGCUGGACUUUGCUGAAGUGCCAACCCAAGAAGCUGUUAAACUCAUCCAGCCCACGGAGAACAUUGUUUUCCACCCAGUGUCCACCUUUGUCAACAACAUUCGCAACAACACACCUGAGUGUGUUGCACCCAUUGAGCUGGGAGCCAAGAAGGAGGUCAAAGCCACUCCAGGCAACAAAGUGAUGCUGGGCUGGUUAAAAAGCUCCCAAGAGGGCUCUCCCCAGAAGAAAGAAAACAAUUUGCCCAAGUGGACAAGUCAGUUUAUCCACGCCCCUUCGCACAAGAAAACCAGCACAGAUGUCCUGCAGCAGUGGCUGGGGAAGCAGGGACAGCCAGCUGCAAAAAAGCGCAAGGCUUAGGCACCAGCUGAGAUGGCUGGCCCUUCCUUUUACCCCAAUUUUCCUAAGCGGAGUGUGAAAUGGUAUUUUUGGAAGGCUUUGCAGACUGGUGUUGAAAUUGUCCAAGCCUCUCAGGUGUUGAUCUGCUGCUCUAGGUUGUUUUCUGUCUUCUUUGUGUUUUGUUAAUGUUGAUGUCUGUAAAGAUUUUGGCUUUGUCUUGUGCUGAUGGGAGUGAAUAUAACCUGUUAGUCUCCCUCCCUGCCAGUCAUGCCAAGCAAAGAUAAAGCCCUGAGAAGCAACUCAGCCUGCUACAGAGGAAUAGCUCCCGCCUCCUGACAAUGUUCAUAGUUCAUGUCUCCUUCUGUUUGGUUUUCUCUUCCCUUUUUUUGCUGUUAAAGUGACAUCUCUUUUCCACUUAAUUCCACACUAAAUUCUGUACAAAUUCCUUUCCAGUACUCUUGCCCUCAAAAGAUGGCUGCAGUACUGAGGAACAAGCAGUAAAUAUUAUGAGGAAACCCCAGGCUGGGAAGAUCCACCCUGUUCUGCACCAGCAUUGCUACAUGCAGUCAUGGCUCCUAAAUGGGGAAGUUCAAGUGGCGCCUGGGAGGAACCAGACUUUGCUUAGUUUUCCCUGCUGGCAUCAGUGUGGAACAGUGUGUCUGUCACAUUAUUUGUCCAAUCAUUUUGUUUAUGGGAUUUGAAGACUUAGAGAGGAUUUCCUUGAUCUGGGGAGGGAUGCAGUCUGCCUUAUUCAAAAAGGUCAGUCAUUAAAGCCCAGAUAAUGUAAGUGCCAUUACAGAACAGCAUAAGGCCAUUGUUUUUGAGGUCAGGGAUUUUGUAAGCAGAGCCAGAUGUUAGAGACCAAAAGCCUUACACGGUGAAAUCCUUGCUAGAAAUCAAUACUUCCUUUAUGUUGGAAACAAUAAAAUGGGCUUUGCUGGCUGGCUGUGCCCUUGUCCAUGUGCGUGUCUGCCCUCUUGCCCACUGCAGCCCCAGUGCUCCUGUUUUGCAGGCAGAGCCUGUACCUUGUCUCCAUCUGCUGAGGAGCAAACCACCUACCCACUGCUGAGCUCUCAGGGUCUGAGCUCUGCAAGAGCAUGUUGGUGGAGCACUUCCAUUUGCCAGUGGUAAAUAUUCCCUGGGGAUUGAUUCUGGGGCUCCUCUAGAGUCAUCUGUCCCUGGGAAGCUGCAAGGGUGGCUGUAGUGAGGUGAGGCUUAUCCCUGGGGAAGGAUAGCAGAGCCAGGGCAGGAGCCACAGGAUGGGCACCUGGGGAGACCCAAGUAUUCUUGGAAUGAAAUCUGCCUCUGAAUCCCUUGCAUGCUACAGAGGCAGCCGAGCACAGGGUUUCAUGAUUAUGGCAAGCUGGAGUGUGAUUAGGAUUUUUAUCCAGAAAGCCUGUUGCUAGCUGCCUCCUUAUUGCUGUCACCAUCACUAUUAGCAGCUCCUGGCAGAAGAGAUUUUUGGCUGCUGGCACUAUCACCUUGAUGCCUGUUCUUGCAGGAGCCACAAUGGGAGGUUUCUCCCUGCGUGUUCGUCACUGUUCCAGAAUGAGCUGCUCAGCUGCCCCAGCCUAGUCAGUGCUAACUGCAGAUUAAGCUUUUCUAAAGGUCACCAGCUCAUCUCGAAUUCAUUUCAGGUCUCCAGCUGCUGUGGAGGGAGUGAAGGUGCUGAGCACGAGUGGGGGGAAUGCUCAACUUUCCCAGCUCUGGAGAACUUAAUCCUUUCCCUGGAGACACAGGGGGCGAUGCAAAGGCACAGGCAAAGUUUAUGUCCUUCCAGAUUGUGAGCACCAGCAGAGCAUGGCCAAAAAACAAAACAAAAAACAAAACAAAAAAGAAACAAACAAACAAAAAAACAACACACCACCCUACACUGAGUGUUUAAUGAGGAGGUGUUAAUUGCUGAGCUACAUCACCCUUAAACUGGAGUGGCUGCUUGCCCAAGGCUAUUUGAGGCAGUUCCUCUAACCUAGUGCGGAGAGGACCACAAUCAACCUGGCCUGUCCACAGAAAGUGAUUUGGGAGAAACUUUCCCCUUUUAGGAGACAAGGGAGGGUAGUACUCACUGCGGGUUGCCCUCCUUAUCGGGGGUUCUUUUCCCCGUAGCAUCGCCCUCGCCCAUAGACUGGUAUCCUGCCGGAAGAGACAUCCCACUGGCCGAGGAAGGGGACAUGGGUUUGGGCAAAGCAAACGGGCACAGCGCUGCCGGGAUACCCACGGGCGCUCUGGCCAACCCCCUUCACAGCCUCGGCCCCGACACAGUCACGAAGCAGCUACCGCGGUGCAGGGAGCCUCGGCGGGAUCCGGGACUGGCCGGAGCACAGGCAGAGCCGCAUCGCUACCCGCCCCGCGCACCGGCCCGUGGCACAGCUCGAGCGCUGGGAGCCCUAUGCAAAUCAGGGAUUGGCACGAUGACCAAUCAGCAGGGUGGGGGCAGGGACGGUAGCCAAUGGGACGAGGCGUGAGGCGGGCGUGCAGUGAUAUCCGCGGCGCGCCGGUAGCAGCGCGGGCAGUGCGGCGGCGGGCGGCGCGCAAGGCAGAGCGGAGCGUAGCUCUUGCGGGUAAGGGCAGGGCGGCGCAGCGCGGGCGGGGACGGGCGCGGGCCCCCGCGCGGUGUAACGGUGUUUGUCUCCCCGCAGGCGCCGGAAACCCUCUGUGCGCGGCGCUGCUUGAGAGGCGGGGGCGAGGGGCCACUGCCUGCCGGCCAUGUCGGGCCGGGGGGAAGUCCGAGGAAAGGCGCGGCCAAGGCCAAGUCGCGCUCGUCGCGGGCCGGGCUGCAGUUCCCCGUGGGGCGGGUGCACCGACUGCUGCGGAAGGGUAACUACGCGGAGCGGGUGGGCGCUGAGGCCCGGUGUACCUGGCGGCCGUGCUGGAGUACCUGUCGGCUGAGAUCCUGGAGCUGGCGGGCAACGCGGCUCGCGACAACAAGAAGACGCGCAUCAUCCCGCGGCACCUGCAGCUCGCCAUCCGCAACGACGAGGAGCUCAACAAGCUGCUGGGUGGCGUGACUAUUGCCCAGGGGCGGCGUCCUGCCCAACAUCCAGGGUGCUGCUGCCCAAGAAGACGCAGAGCUCCAAGAAAUGAGAGCUGCCCCCCAUCCCCCUGCCCCCAGCUCCUUUCUCACCACUGCCUCACCUCUUCCGUGGGGCUGGGGGUUCUCCGUCUGCCCCUCAGCCCGGGCUGGGGUGGUGAGCCCUGGCAGCACCCCACCAGCCCUUCACUAGCCCCCCCUGGCUUGGGCUGUGGCAGGGUGCUGGGGCGAGCAUGAUUGAGGGUCAGGCGCUGCUUGUGCCCCCACUCUGCCUCUCCUCCCUCUGGAAGAAGUGGUUUUGGAGGAGGCAGCUGGAUCACAGCUCUUGGCAGUGGGUGACAUCUGGAGCCAUAUUGGUUAGGUCAUGGUGCAGAGCUGCUGGUAGCUGCUGAGGAUUGUAGUAGCUGGCAAAGGGAUGGACAUAGGUACCCCUGGCUGCCUCUUCCCUCCACCAGCUCUGGGAUUGUGCAGGGCCCCCCCCCAGCUGGCCCUGCUCAUCCCUGAUGUGUACUCGUUGCUGUUGUUCCCCUGCCUCCAUCUUCAGCAAUGCCAUCCUAGCCACACUGCAGCUGUGAGGGCAGGGGGGUAGAAAACAAGAGGAGGAGAAAAAGUUUCUCCAAUUGGCAAGAAGUGGCUGUUAGUUUUGUUCAUGGUUAAAACUAGUACAUUGCCUACUAUAAAGAAGCUUUGCUCCUAUUUAUUUUAAGGUCUCUAUUUUUGGGUAUACCCCAGUAAAGUCACCUCCUUGCAGCUCCCUGCCUCUGUGGCUGCUGGGGUACUCUCUGUUCCCACAUACUGUGGGUCCUGGUAGUGGGGUGGGGUGGAGGCUGCGGUGACAAUCCCUUCGGCAAGCGUCGCAAGGUCAGGUGCCCGCCAGGAGUGGGGAGCUGCCAUCUUCUGCCAUAGCUCCCCUCCUCCCCCAGCGCAGGCGGCCUUCAUCUCGCUGAGAGCUACCCUGUACCCUGGUUGCACUUAUGGAAAUGACAUACUCUCUUUUUUCGUUGUUUGUUUGUUCAGCACUAUUUCUGGCUCUGAGAAAUAAAGUGGUGAUGAUAUCUGUUAACUAUAACCCUUUAUGGAUGAAUAUUUCUUUUGAAAACCACUAGAGUUUGUAUUAAAGCACACUCCUGGCUAGUGCCAUAUUUAUUUCCUGGCUGUGUGGCUAAUGUUGAGCAUGGGGGGCAGGAUAGCUGUCCUGUGACCCCUGGAAUAGAUGAUGCAGAGACAGCUUUCCUGCUGCCCAGCACAGCUGCUUCUGUGAAGCUGAUAGUUGUGUGCAUGUAGCAGUGUUGAGGCCAAUCAGACCUAGAUCUUCAUCACCACGUUUUUUAAGUAAAAAAGAGUAUCUUCUGUUUAUGUGCUGUAAGUAGCAUGUAUUCAGCUUAUUGAAUCAGCUGUUAAUCUUGUGGAUGAAGUAACUUACCCUGGAUCUGAGUUUAAUAUUAUCUAGAGCAGAUGAACUCGAUGAUUGUCAAUUGGCUUUGUGCAGGGGUCUUUUCAUUCUGGUAUGUGGGAGCCGUGUAUUUAUUGGUGUUGUGUUGAUGGGGGUGUGGAGGUGUCCUGUGAUUCCACUGGGGUAUCCUGAUCUUGGUAAGUGGGGACAGCAGGGCACAGCCCCUACUGCAGUAGUAUAGAACCCCUGGGAUCUCUCUGCCUCCUCCUUACCAUCAGCGGGGUAGGGAUGAGCAGUUUCCUUUCUGCUGCCCAGUGUAGUGUCAGUGUGUCUGUAUCCUAGUGUCUGUUCUCUCCCUCUUGUUUUUUCCAGGACCAAGCAUUCUGUAAACCUGAGAGUGCUUUGUAUUUCUUAGAAAAAUGCAGAAUUUGUGAUUCUGAAAAAAUUGGUGCAAACCUGCUACCUGAUAUAAACUGGUUCCCUGUUGAA